AUGGUGACGACGAAGUCGUGGCUCACAGCCCUACCAGUGCUGGCUUCAGCUAUCACUUCUGUAUCUGCCACUGUGACUUGUGCAACAGAACAGGCGGAUGUCUUUACCAAUCCAUCCUUUGACGACGGCUUGACAGGGUGGGUAGCCUCAUCCUCGGCGGGCAGUGUCGCGGAGAAUUCUCUCACCAAGGCGUAUUAUUAUUCAAUCGAUGCGAGUACCUCCAUCCAGUACCUCAAACAAGAGCUCACCGGUCUCGAAACUGGCAAAUCUUACACUCUUUCAACAUCGUACUUGUUGACCAAAACCUCGAGGGGAGCUUCAUACCAAAUUGGUUGUGACCUGAUCUUUGCCAAGGACACGGAUGUCGCCUCAAACUACAUCGCUUCAACGUUCGUUUGGGCACAGACAGUCAGCACCAGCAAUCCCUAUACCACAUGGACGACUACAUGGCAGCCAACCAGUGAAAAUGAAGCCCUGAUAAGUUUGCACUACCUCGACCCCGUCAGCCACUUCUACUUUCACUUCUACUUCUACUUCUACUUCUACUUCUACUUUCACCUCUACUUCCACCCCCACUCCUACUCCCACUUCUACCUCAUCGAAGAUGUCUUCCUCGUCAAUCAUCUCAUCCGUGCCGAAAGUGUCUUCCGCUGCCGUGUCCAGCGCCCAGUCCUCGUCCCAUGCAAGCAGCGCUCAAAUCUUCACUGCUUCCUCAACUCCCUUCCUGUCGCGUUCAGUGACUCCCAGUCUCCGUCCAUUGGCAUCCUCCUCGGCCACUCCAUCUUUAGUGACUAUUUCCCGUGGAGCAGCAUCAAGAACUCCUUCCCGUGCUGUAGCUUUGCCGUCUCCCUCUCCACUACAGUUUCUGUGGUCGCUUCCGGUGCGGAUGUUGCUUCAACUAUCUCGGGAGCACUUGGUGGUACGCAGACUGCUUCAACUAUCUCGGGAAUCGUUACUGGCACCGAGACUGCUUCAACCAUCCCGGGAUCUGUUUCCGGUAAGAAGGCAGCAUCGACUAUUUCUGUCAGACCGGGAUCACCCACAACCGCCUCUUUCUCGACUUCCACCGUCCUGACGACCACCACCCGAACGGUGACUGCCUGCCCCAGUACGGUGACUGAUUGUCCCGCAUCUGCGCGCAGCACCUUCCUCACCACCGAGACCCUCGUAGCAUACACCACCGUGUGCCCCGUCACGGCGACACAGCAUACGGUGGAGCCCACCGGUGUCACCGAAACGGGUGAGAUACAAUUUGCAUCUAUCCCAAUGACAACCUCCACUAUUUUCAGCACCCGCACGUCAACAAUCACAGCAUGCCCUUCCACGGUCACCAACUGCCCCGCAAGCGAGAAAAGUACUUACCUCACGACCGAAACGGUAGUUGUCUCGACAACCGUCUGCCCCGUGGAAGAGGCAGCCUCCGCAACCCACACCUCUGCAACCUCUGCAGCCUCAAACACGGAGAUCGUUAUACCGGGCCAUGCCGUCGCAACCGCAUUCACUUCCACCGGCGAAUCAAGUACUGGAUCCUCUUCUUCCGGUGAAUCUGUCGCCGGAUCUUCUUCCUCUGGCUACUUAUCCGGCACCGCACCGCAAGGAGCUGAGAUCGGCCAUGGUGAUCAUCAUCAUCAUGACUCCAAGACUGGUGGCGUCUCAUCCGGAACCACUGUUACAACUAUCUCUGCCCCUGAAAUCACUCUGGGACCGGAUGGUGGCUCAUUUGCAUUGACUGAGACUACUGGGAUUGUUGUCGUUGUGAUCGAAUCAGAGACUAUCACUUUGACUCUUCCUACUGUUGUUGCGGCAGUUGAUACCGCUACUCUUGGCGGUUCCAAUACGACCAAGACGCUUGUUGGAACUGCUACUCAUGUACUUCCUGUUGCUCAGGCCACGGGAUAUGGAAGUGGUAGUGCUAGUGGAAGUUCCAGCAGUGGAAGCUCGACCGGCUCCAGUGGAAGUGGAUCUAGCAGUGGCAGCGUUAGUGGAAGCACCGGUGCGAGUACCGGUAGUGGAAGCAGCGGCAGCACUGGUAGUGGAAGCCCCAGCAGAAACACUAGCGGAAACGGCAGUGGCAGUGGCAGCAGUAGCAGCAGCGGAAGCUCCAGCGGAAGUGCCAGCAGUGGCAGCACCAGUAGCAGUGAAAACACCAGCGGUACCAGCAGUGACAGCACCUUCAGUAGCUCUUCCGGCAGCUCCUCUUCUGGCAGUACCUCUGGCAGUACCUCUGGCAGUACCUCUGGCAGUACCUCUGGCAGUACCUCUGGCAGCACUUCUGGCACUACUUCUGGCAGCAUUACCGGUAGCAGCGACACCACCGGAUCCGAAACCAGCAACACUGACUCAACUAAAAUCUCGACUGAAGUCGGUGGGACCCAACUCCCCACCCAGGCUGGCGUCGCUGCAGAGGAGACCUCAUCCGCUGCUAGCAUUGGCGGCGGUGCCGGUCCAGCCCACGAAGGCUCAUCAGGUUCAUCUCAUGAGAAUGGCAACACCGGGUUCGCUACCGCUGCAGCCUCCGCAGCCUCUUUUCCGGCUCACAGCUCGUUUUCAUUUGUUUCCUCUGCUUCGACGUCUGCAUCUGCCUCCUUGGGAGCCAGUGGGUCUGCAAAGAGCUCUUUCUCUACCACGGCCGGUGCCCCUGCUGCUCUUUACACGGGCGGCGCAUCGACUAUCCUCACUGGCACCAUGAUGACAGCGGUGUACGUGGCUCUGGGUAGCGUUUCAGCCAUGUUGCUUCUGAUCUAGGUUCGAUGAGGAUGGAAUCGUUUCUUCAUUGGGAAUUUAUGGCAUUCUGGACGAUCUGGCUUCUGAAUGUACACGGAUUCCCAGGGCAUGGUGUAUAAUAAUCUUUCCGGUGGGAUCUCGCCAGAUAUACCCCCAGGAUGAAUGAUGUGGAAUUUAUGAAUGUAUUUAUAACU